GGCAAGUCCCUCAAGUGGGACUCAAAAGACCGAACCGAGCUGCAGCCUUUCGCUAGCACUGGUCCUCGCCCCUUUUGGCAUCUUGGUACUUGUAGUUUUGUCCACUCUAUCUUUACCCGAAAAGCCAGCGCUGAGACCACAACUCCCAUCACCCUGCGAGCACCGGCGCCUUCAGAGCGCAUCCUCCGAGGGGCACCAGCGCCAUUGACCACCCUGCUGGCCGAAGGGCCCGCCUUCCCGAGGCCAGGAGCUCCCGCGAUUGGCCAGCCGCCCCGCCUCUCAUCGGAGGGCGCCAGGUGAAUGAAAGGGGGGCGUGUCGGUGCGCGGAGCUCCGUGGCUGCGCUGCUGGAACCCGCUGGAAGAGAUACAGGUUUACUCUGGAGCAGCAGCAGCUGGCGGAGCAAUGGAGAUGCAAUCCUAUUAUGCCAAGCUUUUGGGGGAGCUGAAUGAACAGAGAAAGAGGGACUUUUUCUGUGACUGCAGCAUCAUUGUGGAAGGGCGGAUCUUCAAGGCCCACAGGAACAUUUUGUUUGCUAACAGCGGCUACUUCCGAGCCCUGCUCAUUCACUAUAUCCAGGACAGCGGGCGGCAUAGCACCGCCUCCUUGGACAUUGUCACCUCUGAUGCCUUCUCCAUCAUCUUAGAUUUCCUCUAUUCUGGGAAGUUGGAUUUGUGUGGGGAAAAUGUGAUUGAAGUGAUGUCGGCUGCCAGCUACCUGCAGAUGAAUGACGUGGUGAACUUCUGCAAGACAUACAUUAGGUCAUCCCUCGACAUUUGCCGAAAGAUGGAGAAGGAGGCUGCUGUGGCUGCAGCAGUGGCGGCAGCAGCGGCGGCGGCUGCAGCGGCGGCGGCAGCGGCGGCUCAUCAGGUUGACAGUGGAAGCCCCAGUUCAGGCCGGGAGGGGACCUCCUGUGGUACCAAGAGCUUGGUCUCCUCUCCAGCCGAGGGAGAAAAGAGCGUAGACUGCCUGAGAGAGUCCCCUUGCGGUGACUGCGGAGACUGCCACCCCUUGGAACUGGUGGUGAAAGACAGCCUUGGCGGUGGCUCGGCUGACAGCGACCUCUCUACUCCACCCAAACGGAUAGAGCCCAAGGUGGAAUUUGACGCUGAUGCAGUGGAGGUGGACAUUGGUGAACAGCUGCAGCAGUAUGCUGCCCCGCUGAACCUGGCCCACGUGGAGGAGGCCUUGCCAAGCGGCCAGGCUGUUGACUUGGCUUACAGCAACUACCACAUGAAGCAGUUCCUGGAGGCGCUCUUGCGCAACAGCGCUGCCCCGAGCAAGGAUGAUGGGGACCAUCACUUUUCUCGGAGUUUGGAGGGAAGACCAGAAGGUGCAGGAGUAGCCAUGAGUUCCAUGAUGGAUGUCCAGGCUGACUGGUAUGGAGAGGACUCAGGUGAUGUGCUGGUGGUCCCCAUCAAGCUCCACAAGUGUCCUUUCUGCCCUUACACUGCCAAACAGAAGGGCAUCCUCAAGCGGCACAUCCGUUCACACACAGGCGAGCGGCCCUACCCCUGUGAGACCUGCGGCAAGAGGUUCACUCGACAAGAGCACCUGCGGAGCCACGCGCUGAGUGUCCACAGAUCCAACCGUCCAAUCAUCUGCAAGGGCUGCAGGAGAACAUUCACGAGUCACCUGUCCCAGGGGCUGCGGCGCUUCGGGCUGUGUGACAGCUGCACCUGCGUUACAGACACACCCGAUGAUGACGAUGAUUUGAUGCCCAUCAACCUUAGCUUGGUGGAGGCUUCAUCCGAAAGCCAAGAAAAGAGCGACACAGACAAUGACUGGCCAAUCUAUGUGGAGUCGGGUGAGGAAAAUGACCCCGCUGGAGAUGAUUCUGAUGACAAACCACAAAUGCAGCCCAACUUAUCAGACCGAGAGACACUUACGUAGCAAUAAAUUGGUGGGGAAGAGGUUUUAGAACUUGUUAGUGCUCAUUCUGGUUUGUCCAAUUUUGUGGAACCCUGAGAGAAACAUUUUUUCACUGCUAUUAUAUGUGCAUUUUUAUUAGACUAUCUGAUAGAGGUUGGAUUUUGUGACUCAAAGGACAGAUAACAUUUUUGUGUGGUGCCCUUGGUUUCUGAGGGCUCUGCUGGCCACUCCUUAAUUCUGAGUGAAUUAAGGCAAGCCCUGAGGUCUCCUGUUUUUCUUGCUGUGUGUCCAAACUCUGGUUAGGAGAAAGAUAAGAAAAUCUCCACGCUUGUUUUUAUAUUGACUCAGUUCUCUGCAUUCCUUUGUUAUCAUCCUCUUUCUCUAAAAACCAUUAAGUUUUGGGAUCAAGUUUACCUUUGCCAAGCCUUUCCUAAUGAAUUCCACAUUAAAUUUUCUGGCAAGGUAUUAAAGAGAAACCUUCAUUGAUAUAAAGCAGGCAGGGCGGUCUGGCUACAUGAUCAUAAAAGGUACUCCCUAAAUCUAGAACGGCAAUUUUAAAGACUUGGAAUACUUAUGGGCAGAUGAAUAUGGGAAUGAUCUGAAAGGUUCAUUAUGGCAUCCUGACUUGCCCAGUUGAAUUAAAUUUUAAGUUAGCCCUGAGAAGGGAGGCUAUGACCCCAGGUCUGGGUGGUUUCCCUGUCUGGUUUGGCAUUUGACGAUUCUACACAUACAACCUGUUCUGUUAUCAUAAAACAACUCAUUUGGGCAAAACUCAAAAUGCUCCCCUACUUUUUCCAGCAAUUUCCAAAAGUUGGAGCUGUGUAACUUGGAAAUGUAGCUGCCUCUGGCAUUCUUUUGCUUAGUUUAUGCUGAUGCAGGGCAGGCGAGCCCGAAAAUUGGGGCUUAGCCCAGAGGAGUUCUUGGCUUCACCCAGGAAAGAAUUCAAGGGCAAGCCAGUGGUGUUAGACAGCAGCUUGUAUUGAAGCAGCAGUGCCCAACAGCAGCUAAGGGGCUGCUCCUCGUGGAGCAGGGCUACACCACAGGCAGUGUGCCCAGAGUAGCAGCUCAGAGGCAGGUCGGCACUUAUAUUUAUACCCACUUUUAGUUACAUGCAAAUUAAGGGGCAGAUUAUGCAGCAAUAUUUAGGAAAAUGGUGGUAACUUCCAAGCCACUGGGUGGUUGCCAUGAUAAAGGGCAGUGACUUCCAGGUGUUGCCAUGGCAAUGGUAAUUGACAUGGCACAGUGAUAAGCGUUUCUUAUGGAAAGCUGCUUCCUGCACCACCCUCCCACCACCGCCCUGUUUUAGCUAGUCCUCAAUUUGGUCCGUGUCUGAGUCCGGCCUUUGGAGUUGAGUCCUGCCUUCUACCUCCUUGCCUAGAACUUUAAUUGGAGGGAAAGUAUAAGCGCAUAAUGCCAAGUUACAUUUCUAAAAUGUUCAUCUUUUAAAAGAUCCUCAUGAGGGAAAGGGAAGGUUAGUAGAAGAACAGGUUUUUAAAAGCAGUCUACCUUUCACCCACUUUCCAGCCACACAAUUAUUGUAACAAAAGAGGCUGAACUCUUUAAAGGGCUAAAGGGCAGGCAGUAUUAGGAAUUCGGAAUGUAAUUGAAGGCACUUUCCAUAAUUUUGUCUUAUGUUAAAAUAUCCAAAAUGGAUUUUAAAAGAAAUCUUUUUGUCUUCCUUUAA